GCCAUCCCCACGUACGGCACGGGCGGGGAGCGGCGGCUGAGGCGGAGCGAGCGGGGCCGGGGGGGGCGGCGAGACACGGAGCGCGGCACGACGAGAGGAGGCGGCGGGAGCGGCAGCUGUCAGCUUGGAGCAAGGGAAUAAGGAUCACUAGCAAACUGAAAAGCACAAAGCUGCAAGAUGUCAGGCCGCAGUGGGAAGAAGAAAAUGUCCAAGCUGUCACGCUCCAGCAGGGCAGGUGUUAUUUUCCCCGUGGGGAGGAUGAUGCGCUACUUAAAGAAAGGAACAUACAAGUACCGAAUAGGUGUUGGAGCACCGGUUUACAUGGCAGCUGUCAUAGAGUAUCUAGCAGCUGAAAUUCUAGAACUGGCAGGAAAUGCAGCAAGAGACAACAAGAAAGGAAGAAUUGCCCCCAGACACAUCCUCCUGGCAGUAGCAAAUGAUGAAGAGCUGAAUCAGUUGCUAAAAGGUGUGACUAUAGCAAGUGGAGGGGUCCUGCCCAGAAUUCAGCCAGAGCUUCUAGCCAAGAAACGGGGUGCCAAAGGCAAAUCUGAGACGAUCCUUUCCCCUGCUCCUGAGAAGAAGGGAAGGAAAUCCAUAGUGAACAAAAAGAGUGGGAAGAAAACAAAGUCUAACAAGGCUCGGACACCUAAAAAGAAUAAACAGAAGGACAAUGAAAAGGAAGGAGCUUCAAAUUCAACAUCUGAAGAUGGACCUGGGGAUGGUUUCACCAUCUUGUCCUCCAAGAGCCUUGUGCCAGGACAAAAGCUUUCUCUGACACAGAGUGACAUCAGCCAUAUUGGCUCCAUGAAAGUAGAAGGCAUCGUUCACCCCACAACUGCUGAAAUAGACCUCAAGGAGGAAAUAGGCAAAGCUUUGGAAAAGGCAGGAGGGAAAGAGUUUUUAGAAACAGUGAAGGAGCUUCGCAAAUCUCAAGGACCUUUGGAAGUUGCUGAAGUUGUUGCUGGUAUGGACAGCCUGUUUGAGGACAGGGAGUUGAGGGGGAAAGGAAGAGGAGUAGGAUACCUUUGUGCUGUGUACAUCCUGUCUUUGUACUUUGAAGCACCACCGUAAGUUCCAGCAGGCAAUUCCUGUCUGUGGGAGUCUGAAAGUGAAGGGAAACUUCUGCUUUCACCUCUGUGCCAUCUUUCCUCUCCCAUUUGCACCACAUUUCUUAGUGAGAAUUAGAGACAGCUCUUAGCCUAACCUAUGAGCUGUAUGAACAACGGUAAUUUAUAAAUUAUCCUGCUUUAUACUGAACAAUGCAACCAAAGCAACUAUCUUUGCACACAAAUAAAGGUAGAAGUGAUAGAAUCACAAGAACUAGGAUGUGUUUUGAAGAGCAGUUGGUGCUCUUCUCCCAGGCAUUACAGCUACAUUAUUGAAAUACAAAUUACAAAAGAGCUAAGAAAUAGAUUCCUUUUAGCUAGUUCCAGGAAAGAAGAUAAUCUUAGCUUAAUGGAAGGAAAAUUGUACUCUGUCAGACAAGUACUGUUGUGUUGGUAUGUUUGAAGUUACCACUUCCACUGGUUUUGAGGCAAAUAAUAAAAGGAGUUUUAUCACUGGAGAUCUACUGCAAACACUUGGGCUCCAGCCUAACAGGCCUUGAAUUCAAGUGCUGUUCACAGGAUACCUGUGUUGUUUUAUGGUCAAAGUUCUUCUCUUGUGCUUGAAAUUUAAAGGUGUGGACAGGGAACUAGAAACACAUUCUUCACUUUUGGAUAUUAAUUGCACACCUGAUUUCUGGGUGUUCAACCCAAGAUUCCCCAAAGCCCAGAUUUUAGAAGUGCUAACUUCAAAUUGGACACAACCGGUGGAUGCUUCCAGUAGCCAUCUUUGUUUUUUCAGAACGUUGUCUGAAAUGGCUUAGCUGUGAAGGUGGUCCAGGUAUUGCUCCCUAGUGCUCUGGAAAUGCAAUGGUGAUGCAGGAUUUACGCAGAGCGUUCAGAUGAGGCUGUGACAGCACUGCAGAAAUGGCUGCUGGGGAGUUAAUGAUUCGGAGUUCAGGACAAGGUUUCAAGUGUUUGCAUGUUACAGAGAGUGCCUGGAUGAGUGAGCCUUUAAACAUCACUGAAUAACUGUUAAUCAAAUGAACCCUGGGUUCGUCGGUCCUCAAAGAAAUAAUAAUUGAUCACACAAGUAAUGAUAGUACAGAUGUAUGACUGUGAAUGAGUCAUCGUGGCUUGCUUUAAUUCCCAGUGGAUUUCUUUUGAAGAGGUAAUGUUACGAAGACAGAUUGAGAUGGUUGAAUAGAUCGAAAUGACUCGAUUGAGAAGUUAUUGCAAGGUGGUUUCUAUUCAAAACUAAUCGUUAUGUCUUUCA